ACUGUUUCUGACCAGACAGCAUCAGAUACAUGUUAUACAUAUAGUAAGACUGAGGGACGCUGGUUCGCUCGCUAGUUUCCGCAGAGAGGAAGAGGUGAAGCGUGUACCGACACCGUGAAACACCGCUUCCCAUUCAUUUUCAAUGGAAGGAAAGCGGUGACAAAUGGCGAGGGGCCGUUGGGCAGCGCGAAUAUGGCGUGGGAGGCGGUGAAAACGUUCAGCCACAGAUAGAACGAUGAGACAGAUAUUUCACCGGAUGUAUAACUGUGAAGCAUCCGCUUGGCGUUUCCACUCACCAUCAUUCUGGCAGUGAGAGGAAGCCCAGUGUCCGGCAGUGGGACAAGAUGGAAGGAGAUCGAUUUUGGCUGAAAUUCUGCACAUUUUCUCAUCGAUGAAACAUUUUAUCACAAUACAGUUUUCUGUUCCCAAAACUAGAAUCUGAUACGAACAGAGUGGACUACAUUGUGUAGACUUUAACCUUUGCUCAAGUUGUAAAAAAAAAUAUCGCGCUGUUUAAAAGGAGUGUAAAGGUGAAUUAAGUUAUUGCACACAGAGUAGGCGUUCCCUAACGGAAAUAUGCAGAUAUUUUCUUGAACGGGCCAAUAGGAUAGAAAAAAAUUGAAAAAUAAGUACAGGACAAACGAAAGGAGGGUGCGGGGCCGUGGGUAUCAGUGAAGGCUUUAUUGAUUCUGUCCUAAAAUGAAGUUACUAAAAGUACAUUUAAGUUAUGUAAGUGCAGUGCCAUGUUUGGUGGAGCACAGAGAACAAGGAGUGUAACGUUAGACCGGAACACAGACCAGCCGUCCGCUAGAUGGCAGUGUAUUCCUAACUCUCUCCUCAAGCUGCACUUUGCCCUGCAGCCGAGCAACAGGUAAACACGGAAGUAACGCACUUGCUGCCAACAAAAUACAUUUAAAAAAUCAAUAAUUUGACCGUUAAAACAUCUAUUUAAUGCCAUGAUUUUGUCCAUAAAUACACACAUAUUUAACUUAUUUAGUGAGGUCGUUAUUGAGCGUUAAAGUUUACAGGACAAUGUAUAAUAAAGCGUCUGGAUAUCAGUCUCUACCGCAACGAGAUUUGCUCACUGCCAAACCGGGGUUGUUCGUGGCGACAGAAAGCUUCGUCCAAUCUCCAUUCCACCAUCAUAAAGGACAUUCGUUUGACUACAUCCCCAAUGUUAGAGACAACGACUACAGUGACUCCACUCAGGGAUGGCUGUCCUGGAUCUGCAAUGUUAUUGUCUGCUUCAUGGUCUAUAUCUGCACCUUCAUAACCUUCCCCAUAUCAGGCUGGUUCGUACUGAAGGUUGUCCCUAACUAUCAGCGCAUCGUAGUGUUUCGUCUGGGCAGAGUACGUCCUCCUAAAGGGCCAGGAGUGGUGUUGCUUCUGCCUCUUAUUGACCAGUGGCAGAGAGUUGACCUACGAACCCGGGCCUUCAACAUCCCUCCAUGCCAGGUUACUACCAGGGACGGAGGUGUGGUGUCUGUAGGGGCAGAUAUUCAGUUCCGUAUCUGGAGCCCGGUGAUGUCAGUGGUGUCGGUUCAGGAUCUUAACGCCUCCACACGCCUCACUGCCCACAACGCCAUGACAACCAGCCUGGGCAGGAAGAGCGUCAGGGAGAUUCAGACUGAGAGAAUCAAACUGGGAGAAUACCUUGGGAUGGACAUCAAUGAGAUGACCAAGCCCUGGGGUCUGGAGGUAGACAGGGUGGAGCUGACUGUAGGUGCUGUCCUGAAGCCCCCAGAGGACCAUUCAUCUGGGCCUGGCUCGGUCAUCCUACCCCCCUCUAUUCCUGGUCUCGAGGGCCUGGCCGGACCCAUACAACAACUGGCUAUGCACUUCCUGGGCAAUAUGGCUGGCGGUAACAAUGGAGCUCCCCUGGUUAGGACAGAGGACAGCAUCAGCUUCUCAGACGAGGUGAGCAGUGCUCCCCUGGCUAUAAGUCGUACCGGAGCCAGGGAUGAAGCUGUAACCAGGCCCAUGUCAGUGCUGGAACUGUACGAGGGCCUUCUCCUCUCAGAGUCUCUGGUCAGUCAGGUGGGAGCCUGCUUCCUGUUCCUCCUCCAAUCGCCUGACGGACAACAGACAAGCUAUUACGUAGACCUCAGCCAAGGUAGUGGCUCAGCCGGACCAGGGUCCCCUCCAGAAGGCCAGGUACCAGACGUCACCCUCAGUAUGACGGACCAGGACCUGCUGGCUAUGUUCGAGGGAACCCUACGACCCUUCGCAGCCUACGCCACUGGGCGACUCAAGGUCCAGGGAGACCUGAAGACUGCCAUGAAGCUGGAGGAAGUCAUCAAGCUACUCCGGCCUUAACCACUGGCUUCAGACCUGCCCUUAUAUAAAUACCAGGUCCUAGAAAUACAUGGUUCUGACCUUAACCACUGGCUUCAGACCUGCCCUUAUAUAAAUACCAGGUCCUAGAAAUACAUGGUUCUGACCUUAACCACUGGCUUCAGACCUGCCCUUAUAUAAAUACCAGGUCCUAGAAAUACAUGGUUCUGACCUUAACCACUGGCUUCAGACCUGCCUUUAUAUAAAUACCAGGUCCUAGAAAUACAUGGUUCUGACCUUAACCACUGGCUUCAGACCUGCCUUUAUAUAAAUACCACGUCCUAGAAAUACAUGGUUCAGGCCUUAACCACUGGCUUCAGACCUGUCCUUAUAUAAAUACCAGGUCCUAGAAAUACAUGGUUCAGGCCUUAACCACUGGCUUCAGACCUGUCCUUAUAUAAAUACCACGUCCUAGAAAUACAUGGUUCAGGCCUUAACCACUGGCUUCAGACCUGUCCUUAUACAAAUACCAGGUCCUAUAAAUACAUGGUUCAGGCCUUAACCAUUGGCUUCAGACCUGCCUUUAUAUAAAUACCAGGUCCGAGAAAUACAUGGUUCUGACCUUAACCACUGGCUUCAGACCUGCCUUUAUAUAAAUACCACGUCCUAGAAAUACAUGGUUCAGGCCUUAACCACUGGCUUCAGACCUGCCUUUAUAUAAAUACCACGUCCGAGAAAUACAUGGUUCAGGCCUUAACCACUGGCUUCAGACCUGUCCUUAUACAAAUACCAGGUCCUAUAAAUACAUGGUUCAGGCCUUAACCACUGGCUUCAGACCUGCCUUUAUAUAAAUACCAGGUCCGAGAAAUACAUGGUUCUGACCUUAACCACUGGCUUCAGACCUGCCUUUAUAUAAAUACCAGGUCCUAGAAAUACAUUGUUCUGACCUUAACCACUGGCUUCAGACCAGCCUUUAUAUAAAUACCAGGUCCUAGAAAUACAUGGUUACUAAUAACAGUUCAUAUAGACCCAUCUCUUUGAUGUUGUGGUUUAAAAAGUAACAUAGAUGACAAGCAUGUCAAUCUCUCAUGGCUCAAAGUGGAAGAGAGAUUUGACUUCCUCAUUACGUGUUUUUGUAUGAAGUGUUGACAAGCUGAAGGUACCGAGCUGUCUGUUUAAACUACUGGCACACAGUCUCUUCACAGUCCCCAAGUCCAGAACAGACUAUGGGAGGUGCACAGUACUACAUAGAGCCAUGACUACAUGGAACUCUAUUCCACAGUACUACAUAGAGCCAUGACUACAUGGAACUCUAUUCCACAGUACUACAUAGAGCCAUGACUACAUGGAACUCUAUUCCACAGUACUACAUAGAGCCAUGACCACAUGGAACUCUAUUCCACAGUACUACAUAGAGCCAUGACUACAUGGAACUCUAUUCCACAGUACUACAUAGAGCCAUGACUACAUGGAACUCUAUUCCACAGUACUACAUAGAGCCAUGACUACAUGGAACUCUAUUCCACAGUACUACAUAGAGCCAUGACUACAUGGAACUCUAUUCCACAGUACUACAUAGAGCCAUGACUACAUGGAACUCUAUUCAACAGUACUACAUAGAGCCAUGACUACAUGGAACUCUAUUCCACAGUACUACAUAGAGCCAUGACUACAUGGAACUCUAUUCCACAGUACUACAUAGAGCCAUGACUACAUGGAACUCUAUUCCACAGUACUACAUAGAGCCAUGACUACAUGGAACUCUAUUCCACAGUACUACAUAGAGCCAUGACUACAUGGAACUCUAUUCCACAGUACUACAUAGAGCCACGACUACAUGGAACUCUAUUCCACAGUACUACAUAGAGCCAUGACUACAUGGAACUCUAUUCCACAGUACUACAUAGAGCCAUGACUACAUGGAACUCUAUUCCACAGUACUACAUAGAGCCAUGACUACAUGGAACUCUAUUCCACAUUACUACAUAGAGCCAUGACUACAUGGAACUCUAUUCCACAGUACUACAUAGAGCCAUGACUACAUGGAACUCUAUUCCACAGUACUACAUAGAGCCAUGACUACAUGGAACUCUAUUCAACAGUACUACAUAGAGCCAUGACUACAUGGAACUCUAUUCCACAUCAGGUAACUGAUGCAGCAGGAGAAUCAGAUUUAAAAAGCAGAUAAAAACACACCUUAUGGAACAGCGGGGACUGUGAAGAGACACACACAGACACAUGCAUACACACACACGAUAACACACACACUAUACAUACACAUACACAUGGAUUUAGUACUGUAGAUAUGUGGUAGUGGUGGAGUAGGGGCCUGAGGGCACACAGUGUGUUGUGUAUUCUGUAAUAAAUAUAUUGGGGGCCUGAGGGCACACAGGUGAAA